CAAUGUGGUUUUCCUCUCAGGGAAGCACUCAAGCCCUGAUUUUUCAGUCUGGCUUGCACAUGCUGUCAGAAGCUGGUGGGAGACAGUUUUCUUUUUAAUACAGAGAAGAGAACACGCUUUUACUGUGUAUCUACCCUCUAUGCUACUGAAAAAUGUAAUGGCAGGAUCUAUAGAAAGAGGUAUUUGGAAAGAAAAUGAAGAGUACUGCUAGGCCUUGGAGUGCAGUGCCAAAGCAAGGGAGUCAUGGGGUUGACAGAGGAAGAUUGCUUUCCACUACCUCAACGGGAAUGAAGACAUCCAAGUCCUCAACUUCACUUGCCUUUGAAUCUCGGCUCAGCAAGCUGAAGAGGGCAAGCAGCGAUGACAUGCUGACAAAACCAGGGGCAGCAGCAGCGGCUGGAGUCUCAAGGCUGAAGAAAACCAUCACCACCGGAGCGAUCUCUGAGCUGGCAGAGAGCCGACUGAGGCCCAGCACAGGAACAGUUUCAGCUGCAAAGCGCACAGGGAUUCCAGCACCCCGGGAAAUAUCAUCGUCUGCAUCCAGAGAGAGAGCUGUAUUGCGUGGUCAAGCCAAUACAAGGAAAACACAACCCAGCCCCACAUCUUCUGGUGCACCGACUCCGACCAAGCACGUGCGUCCCACUAGCAAGUCCAAGCAAGAGAAUGAAACCGGUGACAAGGCUGUCCUGGAAUCUCAGGUUAAAGAACUCCUGGCAGAAGCAAAGACAAAAGAUUCUGAAAUUACCAAACUCCGUUGUGAAUUGAAGAAAUGCAAAGAGAAGGGGUCGCUUAACACUGAAGCAAUGGGUGCUUCCAACCAAAAUUUAGAAACGGUAUCACCUGUUGACAUAGAUCCGUUAAUACGGACCCUUCAGGAAAAAAACAGAACUUUUCAAAAAGAGCUUGCUAGCCUGGGAGAAGAAAAUCGUGUUUUGAAAGAGAAAUUGCUUUAUCUAGAGAACUCUCCUCUCUCAGACACAACAACAAGCAGUGGAGGCGACAGCAGCCUCCCAACCCCAACUACCCAAGAAUCCAGUUUUGGAAGCCCAUCAAAACAUGUGUCGAGAGGCGAAAUGGAUGAGCACAGACAGCGUGUGAGUGGCGGUGCGCUGCGCAAUUCGGGUUCUUCCAGCAGUGAUGUAACUAAAGCUUCCUUGUCACCCGAUGCAUCUGAUUUUGAACAUAUAGCAGAUGUACCUUCCAGGCCAACAUCUUCCAGCAGCAACCACUUCAAAGGUUCCAAAUGCUCCACUACAGGAAGUUCUCCAAACAAUAUUAGUGACCUUUCUGUUGCAUCUCUUACAGAGAGAAUACAAAAAAUGGAGGAGAAUCACCACAGCACAGCAGAAGAAUUGCAAGCCACUUUGCAGGAGCUGUCGGAUCAACAGCAAAUGGUGCAGGAGCUGACAACAGAAAAUGAGAAGCUAGUGGAAGAGAAAGCUCUUCUGGAGACUUCCUUUCAUCAGCAUAGGGAUAGAGCAGAACAGCUUAGCCAAGAAAAUGAGAAGCUAAUGACUCUCCUCCAAGAGCGAUCCAAGAAUGAAGAAAGCAGAGCUCAGGAGGGGAAAGUCCUUGAACUGGAACAAAAAUGCACUGAAAUUCUUGAAAAAGCACAAUUUGAAAGAGAGAAAUUGCUCAACAUUCAGCAACAGUUAACCAGCAGCCUACGGAGCUUAGAGAGGGAGCACCAAGAUGCCCAGCAGGUGAUUAAAAGCCUGCAGGAAGAAAAUGAAAAGCUACUUAAGCUUCUAGAAGUGGAACGGCAGAGCAACAGCACAGUAACAAAAACUCUGGAGGACUGUAAAAUUGCCUUAGAAGGUCUAAAAAUUGAGAACGGCUCUCUCAAAACUCAGUUAGAGAGUGAGAAACAAAAGGCUGCAGAAAUCAAUGCAAUGGGAUGCACCACUGACAACUCUGAGGUGCAGGAGAUGCUGAAAGUAGCCCAUGCAGAAAAAGAUCAGUUAGAAGCGUCUUGCACUGAGCUUAAACAAGAGCUGCUGAAGGCAAACAGUGAACUGAAGCACAUUCAGGGGCUGCUAUCAAAGGCUGAGAAUGAGUGUGGUCAGCUAAAGGAGUUGUGUGACCGGCAGGCUGAGCAACUGAGCAGAACCAACCAGAAACUGCAGGAAAAAGCAUCUGAGAAUGAAGCAGAUAUAAAAAACCUGAAAGAGACCAUUUUCGAGUUGGAGGACCAGGUGGAGCAGCAUCGUGCUAUAAAACUUCACAAUAACCAGCUCAUCAGUGACUUGGAAAGUAAAGCAAUGAAGCUGGAAGAACAAAAACACGAUACAGAGAGGCAGCUGAAGGCUCUGACUAAGCAAAUGAAGGAAGACACGGAAGAGUGGAGGCGUUUUCAAGCUGACCUGCAGACUGCAGUUGUUGUAGCCAAUGAUAUUAAGUGUGAAGCCCAGCAGGAGCUCCGGAUGGUAAAGAGGAAACUUCAGGAGGAAGAGGAGAAGAGUGCCAGAUUGCAGAAGGAGCUGGAUGAAAUGAAGGGCAGCAACAGGCUAACAGCUGAAGAAGUAGAAUCUUUAGAGGCAGAUACAACCAAUCGCUGGCAAGGAGUCUGCAUUAGCAGAGCGUCUCCCACACCGUCAGAAUCUGCAGCCACUGUGAAGUCGCUGAUAAAAUCAUUUGACUUAGGAUGCUCAGGUAGCACUGGACAAAAUAUCACGGUUCACAAGGUCCCCAGGAGCCCUUUAAGUGGAAUUCCAGUGAGGACAGCCCCAGCUGCUGCGGUUUCCCCCAUGCAGAGGCACUCUGUUUAUAAUAAUGCCAAACCAGCCAGCAAGGGUGUUGCCAGACACGCAGAUCUUUCAGACCUUCCUCUUGCAGACCUUCUGAAGAGGAGAAAUGAAGAGCUGAAACCAGACCAUUACCUCCGUAAAAGCCCCUCCCUGGAAUCCCUGAGCAAACCCCCUAUGGCCUUCAGCAGCAGAAUGCUUCCCUCUACCCCCAGCAGCUUGAAACCCCAAAGCAAACUCAGUGUGGAGAGGAAGGACCCACUGGCAGCCUUGGCUCGGGAAUAUGGUGGUUCAAAGAGGAAUGCUCUGUUGAAAUGGUGCCAAAAGAAGACUGAAGGUUACCAGAAUAUUGAUAUUACCAACUUUAGCAGCAGCUGGAGUGAUGGGCUGGCCUUCUGCGCUCUCCUGCACACGUAUUUGCCUGCACAUAUUCCUUACCAGGAGCUCAACAGCCACGAUAAAAAGAGAAAUCUGCUGCUAGCAUUUCAAGCUGCUGAAAGUGUAGGCAUCAAACCCAGCCUGGAGCUCAGUGAGAUGAUGUACACAGACCGGCCAGACUGGCAGAGUGUGAUGCAGUACGUCGCCCAGAUUUACAAGUACUUUGAGACCUGAGAUGCCGAGCAAGAGGUGGACAGAAGUGGGGAAGAGAACGAAGAAUGCUACAGAUGCACUCGAUCACUUUAAAAAUCCCCUUGGUCCUCUUCCACAACCAACCCAAGCUCUUAGUUUGAAAGAAAGCUCAUCCGUGAUUUUGAUUACAUCUGGGACUACAACCAAAUAAACAUCCAUUGUCCAUCUGUAUGAACCACAUUAAUCUGUAAUUUUAUUCCCACUUGGAAAUUGCAAAGCAUUUUCAAACACGCGUGGGAUAUUUCUGAAGAGGAUCCCUUGGGCUAAACGAUAUUUGCCUCAAACCAGACUCCAGCAAUGGGAGACCUGCUACAAAGUGAAGUUCUAAAUCAGUGUGGGCUAUGCUGGCACUCAAGGGAGGCUGGGAGAUUAAUGCAAAGGCUCAAAAAUGCUCUUCUUGCCAAAACAUGCUUAACUCAUCCCAAAUACAUGUUAUUUUCUUGCCUACAUAUAUUUUAUAAGACAUGACAGAUGCACCCAAGUGUGUAGAACCUUAACCUGAGUUACCGUCAUGCAUCUGACCCAAUAAGUAUACUGGUUUGCUUGUCAUAGCUUAGCCAACAGGAUAACAACAGGGUCAUUUGUAACUCGGAAACCACACUCUGUUCCGUCACCAGUUAGUGAAAGAACUCUGAAGUAUCCUGUUAGGUGCUGAGACUCCGUUUUGGAUCAAACAGAAGUAAUCUCUUGGAGGAGAAAUAGCUUUAUUACUGCAGCUUUGUUACUUGAUUCCUAUGGGAAGCCAGAGCUUGGUUUCCCGGCUGACUGUGCAGGCACAGUUAUCAUAGGAAUAUUACAAAUGCAAGUUAAUAGCUUUAAUUUGCAAGGUGCCAGUAAUCGGGUGGUGACUCUCUAAGCAAUACAGUGGCAUCUCAGUAGUUCAUGUUUGCAGGGAUUGAGUGGAGUAACUUUGCUUCUGCGUAGAUCCUGUGUUAUCAGCACAGAUUCGUAAUGAGACAGCCUGUGCCCUGUCUGAUAAAAUAUGGUGCAUGGUGCACCCUUAAAUGCUUCAGUGGCGUUACCCUGUAAAGAAACACAAGAAUACAUUAGUACCAAUGAAGCUUGCAACUCCACAAGUUGCAAAGAAUGUAACUGGAACCUCUCUCUGUGUCUUGGAAGUCUCUAAGGCGCCAGAGAGCAGCUUUCCACCUCAAUAACACUGUUAGUAACAUGUCUGAAAGGUAUUGUUUAAUUUCCGUUAUACUGUUUCUCUUACUUCAGCUCAUGAAGUUCAAGUUCUGUGUCUGUCUCCAAGGAUAGCAGGAUCAAACAGGCUGCGUAAUUUACUCUAGGAGCAGAUCUAGGAGAGCGUGCUUUGUACAGGACUUCGUAGAAGGCUGCCCAGCUGCUUUGGAUUGUGUGAGUAGAAGAGAGUUGUUGCUGAGUUGGCGUGUUUAACCUUGUGACCGGACCUGAUGCUUUGUGGGUGUUAAUCAUAGGGAGCUCGGAACGAUUCUGUCUUACGAAAGAUAAUAGUGCGUGCUCGCUGUUCUUAACUCCCCGAAAAAAGGCCCAUGAAAUAGAAAUGAGAUUUCACAGAAGAAACUUAAAUUUCAGCCUUUUUUUGUCACCUGCAGGUGGCUGAUCUCAGCCUCUGAUGCUUUGUUGGUAUUUUAAUACUAUUUAAUUAGUAAACAACCUGUUUCAGGCUUAGGCAAAAUGCAGGAUGAAGGUAUAGACAGCAGUGGCCAAGGACAGAGAGCGUGGUGAGCAGAGACGGAGUCGGAGGAAUGCAGUGUGUGCCUUUUUUCACAGGAGGAGAAAGGCGUGGCUUGCUCUUAGUUUGAGCCUGACAUUUAUUCUAAUCCAUCGCCCACAGGAAAAUGUGAUUCCAAUCUUUUGAGAGUCUGUGUGAUAAAAAAAGGACAGUGGCACGCAGUUACAGUGCCCUUGCGCUCUUUGUGUCCUCCUAUACUGUGAGAAAGCAGUUGUAAAUGCUGGCCAGAGUGAUUUCUUUGUAAGAGAGUUCUUUUGAGAUUGAAUUAACUCUCAGCAUCCACUCUGCCGUCCCCAGAGAGCACAGGAUAAGUUGCUCUAAGUGUUCUCAGACACAAGUCUCCCGUUAUGUGAUAAGAUGGAAGAGAAGAAGCCGAGUUCAUUUAGGAAGGCAGUCAUGCUGCCGAGCUCCAUUGCCUUGUGGAUGCAGGAGGCUCUUUUCCCUUGAGGUAUCCGUUGGCAGAGAUCCCGAUUCUCUCCAGCAGACUGCAGUUCAAAGCGUAGUGAAAUCAACACAGAAAAUUCCAUAUUCCUCAGUGGGCUUUGGAUUGGGCACUUGCAGGGAUGAGAAAAACUGUUUUAAUUCCCAGUGUCUGGUAAAUAUUUCACAGUCGGAGGGCUCCACUCCAUCUAAAAAAGAGAGAUAAUCUUAACCUUCUGGUCACUGCAAGCGUGUGUCCCGUGUGACUGUCAGAUGGACACUAAAUAUGUGUUAUCUACUGCGUCAGUGUCAUCUGCUUCAGGCGCUGUUCUGACAUUUAUUCUAAUCUGCCUCUUCAAGACUUAUUCCAACUUUACACAACCCAUUCUGUUUGAUCUGGCAGCUUUUUUUCCCAAUUAUUUUUGCAAAGCAGUGGUUCUGUCACCUCUCUGCAGCUCAUUCUCCCAUGCCCCCCCAGUGCCGCAGACCAGACACUAAUUCUACUCAGUUCUAACGGUAUAUUCUUCCAUUUUUUACUUGUCUAGGACUUGGAACAAGGAGCUGUCAGUCAGUAGGGAGGAAGUUUCACCAUUUGCUCAAUGUUACUUUCCAAUCCCCUCACAUGCAAAACAUCUCAUUUUGAAAUGCUGCUUUGAGAUGCUCUUCCAGGUUAUUUCUUGAGGUUAGGAGUAGUGUCUAUUUGUUCAUUCAACUUGUACAGUAUUGGUUAUUUUUUUCUUCCUUUUGAACCUUGCAGUUACAUUUCUAGACCCGGAUUUUCAGAAAAACCUGUUGGUUUUUCCCGCUGCCUUAAAAUUUGAAUGUGAAUUUAAAUUUGUCCCAUAAAAGAUGCUGCAGAGCAGCCCGAUUUUUCAGCACAUCUACAAGCCCUUGUAAGACAUCUUAAAUUUGAACUGCGAAUUUAAAUUCUAGCUGCCUUUACAAUUAGAGAGUUUGCUAAUUAAGUUAAGCUAGUGGGCAUAAAGAGUCCUAGAAUGGAACAUGUGAUGAUAUAGGAUGGAUGGUGUAAUGCCCUGUAACAGUUUGCCUAAACUGCCUAAAUCCUUUCUGACUUCGCCUCUUAGGAGUGAUGGAUCUUUCCUUCGUGAAGGCAGAUGAAAUCUCUCUGUUGUGUCACCAUAUGCUCCGUAAAUAUGCAGCCGCUCUUGAACAUACCUGCACGUGCUUGUGUGUGCGUGUACCGGUAGUCCAGCAAGCUACGAGAAACCACAAGAGCUGAUUUUGGAUGAGCACGUGAGAAGAAUGGUUCAGAUGAGGAAUUCAGUGACGUUCCGAGGAAGGAUAUCGCGUUGUGUGACUGUUGUACUAUAGCUGUUAGAGAGGAAAGGGGAGGAAAGAGUGGGAAGUAUACAGUCUGACUCCCAGGAAUUCUGGGGAGUCCUAGAAGGUACAAAUUGUUUCAUGGCUUGGGAAGGUACAGAGGCUUUGAGAAGCGAGCCCGGAGUCAGCCCUUUGAGAAGCUUUUCUAGAAAGGCUGAUGAGCUGUUUUGGAAAGUACACAAUGGAAUGGAGUGAACAUCCAGUGUGUGAGGAGAGGGGCGUAUAUGGGACAUCCAUACGUGGGCCUUUGUGAACAGCAGAGGACACCAGCUUGAGAGUCCUGUUGACUGUCAUCUUGAGGGACGUUUCUCCUAAAGGUGCAGCCUGGGGUCAGUCUCAGAAAUGGGGAGGGAAGACAGCACAGAGCUUGCUGCCUUUGCCAGGUUCCCCUUCCUGUGCCUGUGACAGUCGCGGAAAUGCAAAGGGGACAAAGAUUUCCUGGCUCUUGCUGUGCUGCAGCGAGGCAGCCGUACUAAGUAGACGGAUUUUUGACUUACGCCAAUUCUUCGGUUUCCCCUCAGUGAGACACAUUUUCUUUGAGUUUUGACAGGUUUUCUUUUUAUAAUUUGAAGCUGGUUUACAGGUUUUCUCUGUAAAGUUUCUUUGUUUGUGUGCACAACUAGUUACGUGCAAGUUUUCUAUCCAAAUAAGCACCCGCUGGCAGAGUGAUUGGUUCUUCCUUGUUUGAUUCCUGACCUGGAACUCCUCAAAAUCUCCUUUUUGGCUCCACUGACUUUCUUUUCUCACUUCCUUAGCAAUGAAAAUACCAGCAUUGGCUCAUCCGGUUGUCGUUUGUUUGUGCCUCCCUCAUCUUCCCGUGCUUUUGGUCCCAGCUCUUCCAGCAGCAAAUAUCUGACGGGGGCAGCUGUGCCGCGUGGAUCUGAUAAAAGGCAGGGUCUGUAUGGAAUGAGAUUAUGCAUUUUCCUGUCAGAACAGGGCUUUUGCCUGAAAAGACUCAGGGCGCUGAGCAUUAAGACAUUUUUAAACCCAGCAAUAACUUCUACUGUGCUACACUCUAUUGGUUUUUACCAACUCCAGUGCCAUUUAGACUCACCCACCGGUGUGGUGUAGAUUCAGGCUUAUAACUGCACUGCGAUUAAUGUUUUUUCUCAACCGAUGGUCUCUACGUUUUUGAAUUGCAUGUGUGCCAAGUUCCAUUGGGCAGUGCUGGACACAACGUUUUUAUUGAUUAAUGGUCCAGGCUUGAGUUUGUCAUAUGGGAUACUCACCUCUAACCGUGAAGUACUUUUAGCUUUCUCUGUUGGGUACAGAUGUUACAUCGUAAUCUAAUUUAUACAAAGAGCACAUUAGAAUGUACAUAGUAGGCAUUGCCAGAUUUGGACAUGCUAAUAUUUAAAUAUUAACAUUAUUAAAAUGUAUGAUGCAAAAAUCUGUGUAAUAUUUCUAAUAAAUCUUUUUCUG